AUGCGGUAGUACAGCAAUGCAAGCCGCUAUAAACCCCCCUCCCUAGAUAAGAGGCGGCUCUCCUCCCGGUCCGCAGGAGCGCAUGAAGGUGACACGGCGGUGACUCCCCCCUCGGGACAGCCCCCGCGCUCCGACCAGCCGGCACUCCGCCGCCGCCGCCCGAGAGUAAAGAUGAGUUGUGAAGAGAUUCUUGUGUGUCCGGUACAACUUGGAGAAAAUUUCUGCCUCUAUUUUGCAGACGAUGAUGGGCUCGAAUGCGAUGCCUUUUGUAAGGAAAAAAUUCUCCACCGAGUCCUUCGAAAUGUAGAUAGCCAGUUGCUUGUGGUUCGACCAGAUUUAAACAUGGCAGCUUUUGAGGAUGUGACAGAUCAGGAGAUGAAAUCUGGCAACGGAAUGCACUUCAACAUUCACUACUACAAAACUACCACACCAUCAGCAGGGAUGCCUGUUGCAUUCAGUAUCCAGGUAGAAGAUAGAAGUUAUUACAUGUGUUGUGAGAAAGAAUGUGGAAAAAUGAUAGUUCGAUUUAGGGAAGGAGAAGUUCCCAAAGAAAUUCCUGGUGAAAGUAACAUAAUCUUUUUCAAAAAGACAUUUACAUCUUGUAGCUCCAGAGCAUUUAAGUUUGAAUACUCACUGGAACGAGGAAUGUUUUUGGCCUUUGAGGAAGAAGGUUCCUUAAGAAAAUUAAUUCUAAAGAAACUGUCAAGAGAAGAUGAAGUGGAUGAAACCAUGAAGAUAAGUUUCUAACUUAAGUCAGAAUGAAAGUCACAACAACCUAUGACGUACUUCAACAGUCUUAAAAUAGAUUUUGGGCUUUUAUGAAAGAAAUCUCAUUCCGAGGCAAGCCAGUUUUAUAUUUUUAGCUACCAUAGGUCAGUACAAAAAUUAGCAUCUUAUAAAGGAAAAUAAAUGCAAAUUCUUGCCAAAAAGCAUCACAGGCCUGUUUUCCAGUCAGAUGAAAGAGAAUUACACAAUGAAGAAACAAGAAUAUGCAUGCAUACAUAGUCUUGUAUAGUUUGAUCUCUAAAAUCUUUACUGCCUCUUGAAUUUGAAUACUUCUAAAUUGGAUGUCUCAGAUGAAGUUGACCGAUUUUUGGGGAGGGUGAGAAAACAGCUUAAAAUAACAGACUUCAUAAGCAGACCAUCCACCUGGCCAAUGAAGACUUUGAGAUUACUUUUUUGCAUCAAGAUUAUUUCCUGAGCAUCUUUCAUCAGUGAUACUCUUACCUUCAACUGAAGUAGAAACAACAGACGAUUUUUAACUUACUGGAAGUCUUUGAGAAAACCGCUAACUUACCUGAACAAUCAAAGUUCUAAUAAAGCUGUUUGUCCUCAGAGGGCCCAAGAAAAAAAA